AAUGUGACUAUAAAAAUAACAAUUUCUUAAUAUCCAAUACACAAUCCACUACCAACAACAUUCAUCCUUAAAAAAAUGUGCCGCAUUCUUCCCUUCCUUAUCAGAAAAAAAAACAAAAAAUACUUUGUUAUCGGUAUCACAAUAAAUCGCUGUAUUCCUAUCAAUUUAUAUUGCUUGACACGGACUUGGACACACGCAAACGCGCGCGCAGAUCACAAUAUGGAUUGUUUUCAAACUUUGCACUUCUGAAAUGCUAUUUUACUUUUACCGUCCAUCGAUUCAUUUCUGAUUUCUUCGUCGUGAUUUCAAAUAAUCAGUAUGUAUUUAUUUUGACAUUUCGACUUUAUCAUUUAAUAGAUUCAAAUUUCCUACCACAUAAACAAUUUUAUAUGCAAUUAGAGACUGAACAUCUCGGACAUGAAAUGUAAAAUUUAAGGAGAAAUGUUUCAUUGAAAAACAUGGAUUGAGUAAAUGUUUUUUACAUCCACUGUCCGGCAUACAUACGUACAUAUGCAUAAAUUCAUAACGGAAAGGAGCAACGCAAUAACAUAUAACGUAGAUAUAACAAACACGAGAGAAAUGUUAUGCAUUAAUGUUUAAAAUAUGAAUAAUAUAUUAUAUACGACAAAUUCUUAUUAAUUAUCUAUUAAAUAAUUAAUAAUUAAGAGAAGAGAAGAAAUCGAAAUUUUCAUCCAGCUAGGGAACUGGAUUUUUUAUAUUUCUCAAUAUAUUCAGAAAUAUUCUAUACUAAAAUAUUCCAAUCUUUUACAUGUUCAAUUCAUUUCAAUGAAAGGAUGUUGUUAGGACCGUUCGCGGAGAGACGCGAUCGCCAGGAAAACGCGUCAGCGAGAGGCGUAAAUUCUCGCUACAAUUCGGAUAAUCGACGCCGCGAAUUAGUCGUUCCCCUGUUUCGGGUAAGAUAACAGAGGUGGUUAAACGAGGUUAACACUGAAUUAACAGGGUUAACAAAAAAUGGUAUAUUUGACAAUAUAUAAAACAGUAUAAUGAAACGCCACAAAUUAUUUUAAGGAUUAUGCAGUUAGUUUGAUACAAUAAUUCGACUCGACUUUAUAAUAUUUAUUUAUGUAUUUGUAGACUAGACGACUUGUAUUUCGUUCGGUAGAUACUCUUAGAGCAUUCCGUUCGGAUCCUCGAUCGAUACUGAUUGCCCUUCGAUGGGCCCUUUGUGUUCUAUGAGAGGCGAUCCCCACCAUGCUCGGGUCACGCCACCGAUCACGCCAUGAUCUCGCGUGUCACCUUAUGAGUGUAUUUAAAAUAACGGAACGAAUCGACGUUUCUAGAACUCGCUCUGUUUGUUGCUGGCCGCUACAUUGUAUAUUUAUCGGGCUGAUUGAGACGAACCGACGUACAUUCUCGAAAUGCAAUCUUUGCGAAGAGUGUCCAAUAAGGCACGACUCGAACUACGCUUUGGGGCAAAUGAGACCGAGGCAAAACAGUGCGUUCAUUGGCUCCAGCGUGUCAUUUCUCCCAGGUGACGAAGGUACAGCGCGUCGCACGAAGAGUGCGUUCGACCUUCAAUUUUCCGUGUUUACGGAAAAUAACACGCUCGACUCCUCCAGCGAACAGGAUACGUUAAAGAAUUCUAAGCCGGCCUGCGAUUCCACGAAAUUAUUGCUAGACGAACGAAGGACAAGCGUCUAUCAGCUGGACAAAACCGGGACAACCAAACCUUUCUGUCGAAAUAGAGGAAUAAGUGUUUGUCAAUUCGAUGCUUCACCAAAAUUAUGGCAGCGAGAUCGUGGAAUGAGCAUCUGCCAGUUCGAUAGGAUGGAGGUUCUCGCCAGGCCAUUGCAGAGAGAUCGCAUAGGUAGUGCUUACCAUUUUGACAGAAUGGAUGUCUUGGCCAGACCUAAUGUAAUUCUUGACAAAUUCUUGUUGAGAGAAAAACGCGUUAGUAUGUGCAACCUUUUGGGAAAAAAUGAGAAAACGACAGAAGGAGAUCAGAUGGAACGGCAUUUAAGCAACAGCAACGUUGGGAAAAUCGGGGAAAGAGAUACAUCUGUCGAGGAAGAGAGAGGCAGGAUUAUGGCGGAGGAACAAAAGACAUUUGUUAAACACAUACCCAAAGAAAAGAAAAAUAGCUUUUGUCGAUCGAACCAACCAUCUUGCAGCCAAACUUCUGAUGCUGCAUUUGGAUAUAAAGGUACUUGCGUGUAACCUGAGAACUUGUACAAUUCGUCAAGGAAGAGCUGCACACAAUUUCCAAGAUGAUGGUUUUGUUCGGAAAGGAUCUCAAGAUUGACGUUCUUGCGAAUAUAUCAUACAUAUGUAUGUAUAUAUAACGAAUUAAUUACUCGUUUUGAACAGAAUUAACAUUGUAUUUAAAUAUUAAGUAUGUAUAUUGCUUUUGAUAUGAACACUUUCAGUUCGCUUAUAGUGUUCCCUGUAAAUGAAAUGUUGGACAAAUUUCUACGAGAAACACGAAAUUAAGUAUGCAUUGUACAGAAUGACCAAG